AUGUCUUCCUUGAAGCUGCUUAUGGAGACGUUGGCAAGGUAUGAAGGUGUCUCAGGACAAAGUAUAAAUGCUGCAAAGAGUGGUUUUAUGGUUCACUCGACGUUGUCUCGGGGCAGGAGGGCUAUAAUCCAGCGUAUUACGGGAUUCUCACAAAAGGAGUUCCCGGUACGCUACCUUGGUUGUCCGCUAUUUGUGGGGCGGCAGAAGAAGGCCUUCUUUCAGGAUUUGAGCAAUGUGGUGUACUCUAAGAUCAGUUCAUGGAAGAAUCGGCUAUUGUCUCCAGGAGGUAAGGUUGUUCUUAUUAAACAUGUGUUGUCCUUGAUCCCUCUUCACUUAUUGGCUAUGGUUCAUACCCCGAAGUCGACUUUGGUUACAAUUGAGAGGCUCUUUGUUAACUUCCUUUGGGGAUCCGUUGAAGGUAUAGCCAAACACCACUGGAUUUGCUGGAGAGAUCUUUGCGCUGCUAAGGAGAAGGGUGAGGUGGGUUUUCGGUCCUUGUCCGAUGUUGUUAAGGCUUUCUCCGUGAAGUUGUGGUGGAGGUUUCGACAGAAGUCAUCUCUGUAG